AUUAAACAUGAAUUGCUUUGAUAAUAAAUUCAUAUUCGACUAGGUUGCGUCGUAGAGGUGUCCGUUUAGUGAGCGGAGGAUGCUUAAAAUCGGAAUUUAAAUUGUUGUGGUUGCAUUAGCAUAACGCACUCGAUUUAGCUUCAUGUCAACAACACCGCGAGUCAUUUGUACCGUUAAAUAAGCCUCGUUUUGAUUAUUUAGCUACUUUGAGCUCAUCGGCACGAUAUUUAAUGUGGGUUUGAGGUGUCAUUGCUGAACAUGUCAAUGUUUGAGAUGGACAGAGAGGAGUCUGACAGGCUGAUAGAGAAAGCCAAGCUGUGUUUGCGCUCAGGACGCAAAGAGAAAGCCCUGCAGCUGUUGUACGAGGCGCAGAAGAUCUACCCGAGCACCAGGGCCAGAGUGCUGAUUGAUGCCAUUGUGAAGAAUGGCUACACUCCCCCUGAUGAUGAGCGCACCUACACACCUCCCCCGGGCUGGAGAAGUGCUGAUGAAGAUGUCCCGCCUUCAGUUCCACAUCACCGGCCCAGUACACAUGAGAGAGCAGAGGCGUCCGCCGACGACAAGAAGAGCUACACGGAGGAGCAGCGACAAGGAGUUCUCAGGAUAAAGAAAUGCAGAGACUUCUAUGAGAUUCUUGGAGUGCCAAAGGGCGCCAGUGAUGAGGACCUGAAGAAAGCUUAUAGGAAGCUGGCACUUCGCUUUCACCCGGAUAAGAACUGUGCUCCUGGAGCCACUGAUGCUUUUAAAGCUAUAGGCAAUGCAUAUGCAGUGCUCAGUAACCCAGAGAAAAGGCAGCAGUAUGAUGAGUAUGGAGACCAGGGCCCUGCCGAAACAUCCAGUCAGCCUUCAGCCCAGCCGCGUCAAGCAUACGCACGCCAUCGCUCUUUCACCAGAGACUUUGAGCCUGACAUCUCCCCCGAGGAGCUCUUCAACAUUUUCUUCGGUGGCAGGUUUCCCACAGGCAACAUCCAUGUGUACACUAAUGGAGGAGCUUCUUAUGCUCAUUAUUACCAGCCACGCAGACGCCGUCCAUUUGAGAGACGAGAAGAGGAGGUGGAGGAGAGCCAUAGUACUAACAACUUCACCCCUCUCCUGCAGCUGUUGCCGGUGCUGGUGCUCAUUGUGAUCUCUGUGUUCACUCAGCUGAUGGCCACCAACCCUCCCUACAGCCUCUUCUACAAACCGUCCAUGGGGUUAGUGGUGUCCAGGGAGACUCAGCACAUGGGUGUGCCAUACUACGUGGAUAAGAGUUUUGAGAAGGAGUACCGUGGUGCUGCCCUGGACGAGCUGGAGAAAACCAUAGAGACUGACUAUAUUGAUCAUCUACAGAGCAGCUGCUGGAAAGAGAAGCAACAGAAAUCUGAUCUAGCUAACCUAGGCCAGCUUUAUCGAGACGAACGGCUGAAGCAGAAGGCAGAGACCAUGAAGCUGGAUCACUGUGACAAACUGCACCGCUUCAUCGGCCGGCAGAGAGGAGACUGAAGCUUCAUCGUCCAUCCAGACAGCAUGGUCAGCCUAAUCAAAGAGCUUUUAGUAUCAGUUACGGUUAUAUAUUUCAAUUUACACGGGUGGGUCACCUUUUUGGGAAGGAGAAAGAAAGGAAAUAGAUGUGUUUCAGCCCAAGCUGACUUUGUCUUGAGCGUUUGUGCCUUUAAUGAGUGCGUUGAUGAGGUGAAGUCUGAAGGCCUUUAGCUCAAGCCUCUGAUUCAGCUGCGAUUGCACAAGCGUAUGUGGAAGAAGGUAAUUUUUGCACGAGCGCCUGGCAUUUUUUUUCCUUAUAUUAAGGAGUACCGACUCCAGGCUGGCAGAUGGGAUUAAAGCUAGAGAUUGUUGUUUAUUAGUCGCAGUUAAGCUUUAUUGUUCAUAGGAAUUUAACUUGUAUAGCUCCUAUUUAAUUUCUUUUUCCUGCAUUUGAGCUGUGAAUUACUUUUGACAAGACAAUUAUAACUUUUAAAAGGACGAAAGCUGAAUUUAUUAGUUUUUUCGGGUAUUUAAACCACUACAGAUUUUCAAAGUACUCUAGACGUAGCAGAAACCCCUUGUGCACCUUAGUGUUUUGCUCAUUUGUUCUAUUGCUGUAUGUUUUGGACGUUAAAUGGCGAUUGUUUUAAAUCAAUGUUUUAUUUUCAUGAAUAUCAGCGCACUGACAGACAUGUUGAAUGCCAUUACCUCUCUUAUUUAUUAACCGACAGUGUUUUAUUUAUAAUUUGGCACUUUAUUUGUCUUAACUUAAUUGUGUGUUGCAUGCUUCCAUUCAAGCAUUCUCCCUGCCUCGGCACAGUUAUUAUAACCAGGCAAAUAACCGUUACUGAGCAUCUGUUUUGAAUGUUUUACCUCAUGUCACUGAACACUAUGUUCUGUAUAUAAUAACAUGCUGAUCUUUAGCUCAAAUCUGAAGAAGCGCUGAAGGAAUUAUCCUCAUUCAGGAUGGAGUAGUGGACGUGAUGUGGAGAGUUUGUGCCAGUGGUAUUGUUGGUGUUGUUUCCAUCAGUUUGCAACUGAUGGAAGUUUUGUUUGGAUUGAGUGCGUUUUGUGCCGCUUAAAUAAAACAUUAAUCAAG